AUGAUGAUUACCAAUAUUUAUGUUAUCACAGCUAUUGCUGUAAUUGGAGGCUCGCUAUUCGGCUUUGAUCUGUCCUCGAUGUCUGCAAUCCUUUCCACCCAACAAUACAGAUGCUAUUUCAACCAGGGACCUAAUGGGCCCCCAUUUAAUAACGCAAUCCACUGUUCGGGUCCAAGUUCUACGCUGCAAGGUGGAAUCACCGCCUCCAUGUCUGGAGGUUCUUUCAUAGGAGCAUUGAUUUCGGGCUUCGUGACUGAUAUAUUCGGCCGAAAAUCCGCUAUUCAAAUGGGAUCCAUCAUAUGGAUUAUCGGAAGUACGCUCUGUUCCGCUUCUCAGAACGUUACUAUGUUAAUCGUGGGUCGAUUCAUCAACGGCUUUUGUGUCGGAAUAUGCUCAGCACAAGUUCCUGUAUAUGUUGGAGAGCUCGCGCCUCCUCAUCUUAGGGGCUUAGUAAUGGGUGCUCAGCAAUGGGCCAUCACCUGGGGGGUUUUGAUCAUGUUCUAUAUAUCGUAUGGGUCGUCCUUCCUCACAGGCCCUCUGGCUUUCCGGCUACCUUGGGGUCUUCAGAUGAUUCCCGCCAUCUUCCUUUUCUUUGGAUUAUUGUUUACGCCCGAGUCUCCGCGAUGGUUGGCAAAGAAAGAUCGCUGGGAAGAAUGCUGUCAUAUUAUUUCUUCUAUUCAUUCUAACAACAACCUUGAUGACGAAUUUAUCCAGAUGGAGAUCCAGCAGCUCAAAGAUGCCUGUGAAUUGGAGCGCCACAAGACCGAUAACACUUACUUUGAUCUAUUCCGGCCGCAUAUGAUUUGGCGGACGCACAUUGUCGUCUUCGUCCAGAUAUGGUGUCAACUAACUGGAAUAAACGCCAUUCUUUAUUACAUCACAUAUAUCUUUGGAAUGGCAGGCCUCAGUGGCAGUUCCAACCUAGUGGCUUCAUCCAUCAGCUGUGUGAUCAAUGUGGUUAUGACCGUACCCGCGCUUCUCUUCAUGGAUCGGAUCGGGCGUCGUCCAUUACUUAUCGGAGGUAGCAUCUCUCUUACCAUCUGGUGGUCCGUAUGUGCAGGCCUAAUGGGAGGCUAUGGUGCUCCAGCUCCACCAGGGGGUUUGAACUCUAUUGCCGAACAAAGUUGGUUAAUCACAGGAGCCCCUGCCAAGGUUGUUAUUGCUUGCUCCUAUCUCAUUGUGGCUUCUUUCGCUCCAACAUGGGGCCCUAUUGAGUGGGUGUAUCCAUCGGAACUUUUCCCCCUACGCCUGCGAGGCAAAGCCGCUGCAUUAUCUACUGCCAGCAAUUGGGCAUUCAACUUUGCUCUGAGCUAUUUUAUUCCGCCUGCUUUUGUCAACAUCACUUGGAAGACCUAUGUCAUUUUUGCCGUGUUCGCCUUCGCCAUGACCCUUCACGUUUUCUUCGUUUUCCCUGAGACAUCAGGGAGGACACUAGAGGAAGUUGAAGAUGCAUUCAAUGGUAUUAAGCUUGCUUGGAGAAUGGGGAAAGAUAAACACCAAGAUGAAGGGAGAACUCUCAAGCAUGGGCCGGGGCAAACAGAACGUGGAGAAGCUAUGCACCUUGAGAAUGGCCUAGAAUCGAUCUAA